CGGUAGGGGCGGGGCAGGCCCCGACUGGAAGGGCGAGGGGCGGCCCGGCAGACGUUCCAGUGGGAUCUCCGGGUUGGCGUAAUGUCGCUUUCUGGAGCCGGCACUGGGCAGCGCCAGCAGGCGUCAGAGGCGGACGCCACAGAAACAACUUUCCGGGCGAGUGAGCAUCAGCAUAUUCGCUACAAUCCGCUGCAAGAUGAGUGGGUGCUGGUGUCAGCUCACCGCAUGAAGCGGCCCUGGCAGGGACAAGUGGAGCCCCCGCUUCUGGAGACAGUGCCGCGCCAUGACCCCCACAACCCUCUGUGUCCUGGGGCCACACGAGCCAACGGAGAGGUGAAUCCCGAGUACCAUGGCACCUUUCUGUUUGACAAUGACUUCCCAGCUCUGCAGCCUGAUGCCCCCAAUCCAGGACUCAGUGAUCACCCCCUUUUCCAAGCAGAGGCUGCUCGAGGAGUUUGUAAGGUCAUGUGCUUCCACCCCUGGUCGGAUGUGACGCUGCCACUUAUGUCAGUCCCCGAGAUCCGGGCUGUCGUUGAUGCAUGGGCCUCUGUCACAGAGGAGCUGGGUGCCCAGUACCCUUGGGUGCAGAUCUUUGAAAACAAAGGAGCCAUGAUGGGCUGUUCCAAUCCCCACCCCCACUGUCAGGUGUGGGCCAGCAGUUUCCUGCCAGAUAUUGCCCAGCGUGAGGAGCGAUCUCAGCGGGCCUAUCAGAAUCAGCAUGGAGGGCCUCUACUAAUGGAGUAUGGCCGCCAGGAGCUGCUCAGGAAGGAACGUCUGGUCCUAACCAGUGAGCACUGGUUAGUGCUGGUUCCCUUCUGGGCAGUAUGGCCGUUCCAGACACUGCUGCUGCCCCGUCGGCAUGUGCAUCGGCUGCCUGAGCUGACCCCCGCCGAGCGUGAUGAUCUAGCCUCUGUCAUGAAGAAGCUCUUGACCAAGUACGACAACCUAUUUGAAACGUCCUUUCCCUACUCCAUGGGCUGGCACGGGGCCCCCACGGGAUCAGAGGCCGAGGCCAACUGUGAUCACUGGCAGCUGCAUGCUCAUUACUACCCUCCACUCCUGCGCUCUGCCACUGUCCGGAAAUUCAUGGUUGGCUAUGAAAUGCUGGCCCAGGCUCAGAGGGACCUAACCCCUGAGCAGGCUGCGGAGAGACUAAGGGCACUUCCUGAGGUUCAUUACCGCCUAGGGCAGAAGGACAGGGAGACAGCAGCCAUCGCCUGACCAUGCUGACCACAGAGCCCUGACUCUUGUCUGAGGAAACCAGAACCUGGGGUUUGGGCAGAUGUAGGGUCAAUAAAACUGCUUCUCAAACUUUAAUUAUACGUUUUAACAGCAGAGGAGUGUGGACUCUAACCCUCGGGGUCUGGAGUUAAAGGCUGAAGGCAUAGCUCCAGCCACAA